CAAGAAAUGAGAUUAAAAUAUAGCUCUUUCACAGUUUUACUCAGUAAGGAAUAAAGGUAGGUUUGAACUCUUGUAAAUUGCUCCAUAUCUCGUCUCAUGUUUUCCCUGAAAUAAGUAUUUUUGUGGUUAUUUUAUUCAAAUAAAUCCCAUCAAAUUGAUGCGAACGAUAGAGUAAUCUUAGUAACUUUUUUUCAAAUAUUUUUACGUGGUGUAGUGUGGAGUACAGAAAUCAAUGACAGAACACAAAAAUCCUACAGAUAUCAAUGAAGUAUUACCUCCGUCUUUAGCUGCUGUUAGAGAGAUAUUUUCGGAGUUUAACGUCUCGGAAGUUUCGGAUGAAAUAUGUACACGAGUUUUGGACGUUUUGUAUAGACACACAUGUGAUGUCAUCGAAGAGGCAAAGGCUGUUUCUCAUCAUGCUGGUCGACCGAAAAUUGAGGAAGAUGACGUACAACUAGCCAUCAAUUCAGUCACAGAUGGACUUAUGUUCGCACCCCCAUAUAGAGAUCAGUUACUAGCUUAUGCUGAGAAAAAUGAACAGCCACUACCAGCUGUUCGUCCUCAUUGUGGCAUUCGUCUACCCGCUGAACGCUUCACACUCACAGCUCCAAAUUAUUCACUUUUAUCAUGUGCAGACAACGCAAAAACAAAUCCUUCAUCUGAACUCGCUGGGGAUUCUUCGAUGACACUUCAUAUAUCCAACCCCGUUAAUCCUACCAAAAAUAUAUUUAGAGCUAUUAAUCCUUCAACCAGACCAAUUACUGUUGGUAAUCCUAUGGGACCAUCUGUUCAUGUUAUUGCCGCUCCUGGAAUGGGACCUUCUAUGAUUCGUGUUCAAACUGUCCAAAAUGUUGCUCAAUUGUCCAGUGUAGAUACCAGCACUGGCUUACGAACACUUCCCGUGGGCCCUACAGUAUCCAGUGUCAUGUCUUUGAAUCGACGUUACAUGGACACAUCAUAA